UCUUGUCUCGAUACCCUCAAUUUCUUUAAGUUCCCAGCUAGCUACUAUCAAAUUAUCUUUCGAUAGCAUGUGAGAACUAUAAACUGGUAUAUGUACUAAAAACAGAAAACCACACUUUAAAAAUAGAUUUAACGCAAUAGUUUAACGCGCCUUCAUUUCCCCAAAUGCAUUGUUUUCAUGACUUUUGACCUCUGGAUAAAAACAAGCCGAUCAGCUGAUGUAAACGCAAGAACAUCUACGGCGGUUUGAGCCCAGACAGCUCAAGUGGUUAACGUUCUUACCAACGUUAGCUUUAUGAGGCAGUCGGCGGUAUGAUGUAAGAUAGUGUGUGUGUCCAGUUUUAGACUGUGUUGAGGCAGCAUUUAGUUAUCCAUUUAGUCGUCGCCCGUCGGCGGACACAGCUAGAUGGAACUGAAAGCUGUUUCUUUCUCCAGAAAGGUGUUUCUUUGUGUAGCCAGUGGUAGCUAAUGACUAUUUAUUCCAAGGUAUUUUUAGGUAUUGCGACGACUAUACCGUGUGCUACUUUUAAAUAGGAUCUUGUCAUCGUCAGCUGAGCUGCAACAUUACUACAAGAAGAGAAGAGCUGCAGGGCAGCUAAUAUUAGCCAACUAGCAAAGUGUUGGACGAAAACAAAGUAACUGCUAGUCUGGACAAGUGUGCUUGAAUUACUCCCUAGACUUACUUUACUACAGAAUUAAUAUCUUCGUUGACAAUGAGCUGUAAGAAGUUGCUGAAGUGAACAGUUCAUAGUAUUUUUUUGACAGUAUUGUAUAUGUUUGAGUUUGCUUUUUUGGAGAAUUUCAACAAACAGUUUACACCACAUCUGGUCAUAGAGAUUUACUUGGCUGUGCCAUAACCUUGUGUCUUCCACUGCACUGCUAUUGCAACCCUAGUAAUUGUCAGUGAUAUUUUAAGUCAGUAAUAAGGAUAUCGACCUGUCAAGUCUGAGAUGAGUCGUCAAGGUCCAGCUGUAGAUAAAGGAAUGAACACAAUCCUUGUGUGUCAAGAGAGCUAUGCCUGUGGGGGUUCAGAUGAAGCUGCAUUUGAGUGUGAUGAAUGCGGUAGCUUGCAGUGUGCCCGCUGUGAACUGGAACUCCAUCGUCAGGAGCGAAUGAAGAAUCAUGACAGGGUUCGAAUUGCACCAGGUCAUAUCCCUUUCUGUGACUCCUGUAAAGGUGACGGCAGCUGCUCUGUAAAUGGUGGAAGGCUCAGGGCUGUGGUGCGUUGCCAUGGUUGUAAGAUCAACCUGUGUUUGGACUGCCAGAAACGCACCCACAGUGGAGCCAAUAAGAGGAAGCACCCUCUCACACCUUAUCCACCUGUCAAAACUCCCCAGGAGAACAGCGUUACUGCUGGAGAGUCAGAGAUUGAGAUCCUGAAAGCCAAGCUGGAGAAAGUGUCCAGCUUCCUUCUGGUGAACGAGAAGGAGGAGAUGCAGGUGAAGGAUGAGGAGGACUUUGUCAGUAGACUGGGCUGCAGGCCAGAUGAACUCCUCAAGGUGGUCUCCAUCUUUGGAAACACUGGGGAAGGCAAGUCCCACACCCUGAACCAUACAUUUUUCCUUGGGAGAGAAGUGUUCAAGACCUCACCCACCCAAGAGUCCUGCACUGUGGGUGUUUGGGCAGCUAUGGACCCUGUGCACUGGGUUGUAGUCAUCGAUACAGAGGGACUACUUGGGGCUGGGGCCAACCAGGGCCAGCGAACACGGCUGCUCCUCAAGGUCCUAGCUAUCUCUGACAUUGUCAUCUACCGAACCCAUGCUGACCGUCUCCAUGAUGAUCUCUUUAAGUUCCUUGGUGAUGCAUCAGAUGCCUACAUGAAACAUUUCACCAGGGAGCUGAAAGCAACUACUACCCGCUGUGGCCUGGACGUCCCACUGUCCACUCUGGGCCCUGCUGUGAUCAUCUUCCAUGAAACUGUUCACACCAAGCUGCUAGGAUCAGAUAAACCAUCCGAAUCGGCUGAGCGUCUGCUUCAGGAGCGUUUUAGGAAGCUGGGUCUAUUUCCAGAAGCAUUCAGCUCCAUCCAGUAUCGUGGAACUCGGACAUACAACCCCCCUACGGACUUCAGCGGUUUGCUGCGCAGCCUGGAGCAGCAGCUGGAUAACAAUACCACCCGUUCUCCACGUUCUGCAAGUGUCAUAUACAAAGCUCUGCAGGCCCUUAGUGAGCGUUUCAGUGGGGAUAUUCCAGAUGAGCACAUGACCAGUAACUCCUUCUUUCCAGAUGAGUACUUUACCUGCUCUAGCAUCUGCCUCAGUUGUGGUUCAGGCUGUAAAAGAAGCAUGAAUCACCUAAAGGAAGGACUCGAGCAUGAAGCCAAACAUCGCUGCCGCUACUCUGCCCAGUACGACAACCGUAUCUACACUUGCAAGGCCUGCUACGAGGGAGGGAAAAAGGUAAUAGUGGUUCCCAAAACAACAGCCUCCUCUGACUCACCGUGGUUUGGCCUCGCCAUCUACGCUUGGUCCGGCUAUGUAAUCGAGUGCUCCAACUGUGGAGUGAUCUACAGAAGCAGGCAGUACUGGUAUGGAAACCAGGACCCAGUGGAAACAGUGGUCAGAACAGAGAUCCAGCACAUCUGGCCUGGGUCUCAUGGCUUUUUGAAAGACAACAACAACGCUGCUCAGAGGUUGCUGGAUGGAGUGAAAUACAUCUCUCAGUCAGUGUCUGAACUCAGCGUCAAGCCUGCCAAAGCAGUCACCUCCUGGCUUACUGACCAGAUUGCUCCCGCCUACUGGAAACCCAACUCGCUUAUCCUGAAAUGCCAUAAAUGUGGGGAAGAGUUCCAGCCCAAUGACACCAAGCACCACUGUCGCGCCUGUGGAGAAGGUUUCUGUGAUUCAUGCUCCUCAAAAACCCGACCAGUCCCAGAGAGGGGCUGGGGCCUCGCUCCUGUCCGAGUCUGUGAUGCAUGUUUCCACAACAGGGGCAUCUCACCUGAGCUGCUGGAUGCGGCCCUGGAGGAGGAGGGAGGCACCCUGAUAGCCAGGAAGGUUGGGGAGGCUGUUCAGAACACUUUAGGAGCUGUAGUUGGUGCUAUUGACAUACCUCUUGGCCUUGUGAAGGACGCAGCUCGACCAGCCUACUGGGUCCCAGAUCAGGACAUCCACUUCUGCUGCGAGUGCCAGAGGGAGUUCACCCCACGUCUCUCCAUCCACCACUGUCGCGCCUGUGGACAGGGGGUGUGUGACGAUUGCUCCCAGGAGCGGCGCGCUGUACCUUCCCGUGGCUGGGACCACCCGGUGCGGGUGUGCAAUGGCUGUAACCAGAAACCUGGGGAGCUUUAGCAGGGCGAGGAGCCAAAGUAGAAACGGUGGAGGACACUGACCUCUAAGAAAACUGGACCUGACAACAUAACUGGUUAAAGGCUUCAGAUACCUUUUUUUUUUUUAAGUGGCAUCUCUUGGGUGCCACUUGACUGUCUGUGGCGAGGUGAAUUCUGUUUGUUUUCAGUCCCUAUCUCACUUUAAUAUGCCUAUAUUUUAUACUGUGAAGAAUGCCAGUUAUAGUGAGACUUGAACCUCAAGGUGACAGAAAAAUCACACAUCUCAGACAGAUGAUAAGUAUUGUACAUUGUGCUUGCAGUUAAGUUCAGGUCUACAUGCUUUUUCAACUUUGUACUGAUGCACAUGAAACCCUUUGAUAAUCCCUUCCACUGUGACACACUAGUACUUUUAGCACCUUUUGUAGUCUGGGCUUAUAAACCAUUUAAUAGUAGAAGCAUCUUAAACUUAUUCCAGGUAAGGACUUUUAUUCUAGAACUGUUUCUGCUAGAGGCCUCAAUGUAACAUUCAGGACUGGCUAUAGAUAAAACAAUGGAACGGUUUAUUGUAGUGAUCCUCUGCUUCAGCCCUCCUAGCUUUAGCUUUUCUGAAACUCUUUGGCUUCAGAAGGAUUAGAGCAAUUAGAAGCCCACGAUGUACUGUGGCACCGAGCAGCAUUCCAGCUUAUAGACUUGCUUAACUACGUGCAUAACCCCCUCAUCCUUUUGCAUUUGAAUGGGAAGAUGAUAAUAGAACAGCCUUAAUAAAACCUGUCCACGGUUUGUUUUACAUAGAUAUACUAAUAUAGGAAAAAGGUUUCAUAGGUAAAUUUGUAAUGGCCUCUUUUUGUUUUUAAAAUGUUAUAGCUAUUACCUGUUAAGACAAAUCUGACGGCAGUGGGAUGACAUGCAACAAACUGCUUUUACCGAGUGGCUGGUUCACAGCAGCAAUAUGGUCCAGACAAGAGUUAAACUUUUUGAGGCCAUCAGAACAGGAGGCAGUUAGAAGAGUAAUCCUUUACUCUGUCACCUCAGGCUGUGGAGCUAAUUUAAACGAGUAGAGCUGCAGCACCAAGUAAGCGACGUUUUAGGUAGCCUUUAUUGCAGCAAGACUGCACCUGACAGUUACCUGGUAAGUGUAAUAGUAUGCAGUCAGGCUUUCUGUUUGAACAUGUGGGAACUCUGAGGUCUGACUGUAGGAGAGUUGGGUUUCAUAAUAAAGUCAACAUGAAGCUGAAAUAACAGGCUUUGACCUGAGUCAAGGGACUAUCAUCUCAGACACAGAUGGACAAUGAAUACAGGCAUCACAUGGAAACAAAUCAAUACCAUUAUGUUAAUGUAUGCUCAUACAGUAUGUAUUAAACUUUACAAACUCA